GCUGAUUCCCCAAAACUUUCAAUCACCCAUGGCCAACCAACUUCAACUUUUGUUUUCUAUCAUUACACUCUCUCUUCUCCGCUUCUGCUGCGGAUGUACCGAGAGGGAAGCCCAUGCCCUUCAUCUCUUCAAAGCUGGCCUAAAUUACUCUUCAAAUGUACUGAGUUCGUGGGAGAAAGGAAGAGAUUGCUGCCUCUGGGAUGGCAUUUCCUGUGAUAACACCACUCAUCACGUAGUGGGUGUUAAUCUUACAGGAUCUGACAUGAAGGGCGCCAUAUCUGAGAGCUUGUGCACCCUCCCUUCUGUUGCAACCAUACGCCUGUCUGACAUGGGAUUAACAGGUACUAUCCCCCCCUGCUUCACAAAACUCUCUUCUCUCGCACUGUUAGAUUUAUCUGGUAAUAGUUUGAGUGGGAAUAUUCCUCCUCUGUCUAAUCUCUCUUCUCUAACUAGCUUAGAUCUCAGUUGGAAUCAACUCACUGGAAGCCUUCCCUCCUCUUUCUCUAAUCUCUCUUCUCUAACUACACUAAUUCUCUAUCAUAAUAAACUCACAGGAAACAUUCCCUCUUCUUUCUCCAUUCUCUCUUCUCUAACUGACCUAGAUCUUAGUGAGAAUCAAUUCACAGGAACCAUUCCAUCCUCUCUCUCUAAUCUCUCUUCUCUAACGCACCUAGAUCUUAGUCAGAAUCACUUGAAUGGAUGUAUACCAAAUUCCUUGGGCAAUCUCUCUUCACUGCAAGUGAUGGUUUUGUCUGACAACCAGCUGACUGGAACUCUUCCCCCCUCAUUUUCAAGGCUCUCCUCCCUUAUUGCCCUCGUUGUUGAUGGGAAUCCAUUCAACCAGAGUAUUACUCUCUUAGUGCUACCCUCUACACUUGAACAACUCUACAUCUCACUAAAUGGCCAUCACAUUAUUUUAGAGACUCUCUUGCAAAGCCUUAGAAAAUUAGAGAUAUUGUCCUUAUCCAAUUGUGUACUCAACACCAGCACCACAUGGAUUCCCUCAUUUCAAUUAGCAAUGUUAUAUAUGGCAUCAUGUAAGGUAGUGGAUGGUCAAAUCCCCUCAUGGAUUUCGACUCAAUUCUAUCUUGAAGAGUUGGAAAUAGCUGAAUCCAAUCUUGUUGGAGAAAUUCCUUCUUGGCUACUAGAUAUGAGCCUACGCUACAUCAAUCUCACAACAAACCAUCUGCAAGGUCAUCUUUUGCUGAAUACUUCAGCUUGGAAAGCAAUAAAGGUCUUGGAUGUGUCUAACAAUGCAUUGUGCGGACAUAUACCUCCAAUUUGGCCGCCUCAUAUACAAGGAUUGUUUCUCAAUGACAAUUUACUGACAGGAAGCAUUCCUCCAAGUAUGCAGGUCUGCUCUUCACUGCAAAUGUUAAAUCUGGCGAAUAACCAUCUGAAUGGAAUCAUCCCUCCGAGCAUAGCCAAUUGUUCCUCACUUCAUAUUUUGAAUCUGGGAGAUAAUAAUUUGGGUGGUAUGAUACCAUCUGAGUUUGGUGCGCUACGUCAACUACAGUCACUAGUGAUAAAGAAUAACCAGCUGAGUGGAGCAUUUCCUUGCUCAAUAUCAAAUUGCACAAAUUUACUUUUUCUUGAUAUUGGGCAAAACCUAUUCAUAGGGCAGAUUCCUAAAGCAAUAGGAAACCUUUCAAAUCUGCAAGUGUUAGCAAUGAGGAAAAAUAAAUUUGAAGGUAGCAUUCCUACAGAAAUUGGGCAACUGAGGUACCUACAAAUCUUGGACCUCUCUUCAAAUAUUCUAUCUGGGUUUAUACCACAUAGCAUUUUCAGUUUGCAAGCAAUGUUGAUAGAACCACAAAAUGGAUUUAUCAUAUUUCAAAUGUAUUUUCUUAGCAGAAGGACUGAGUUCAUAUAUGAGGAUGAACUGAACAUGAAUUCUAAAGGUAGAGAUGAGCACUACACAUAUAUUUUUUCCAAGAUGGCAUCCAUAGACCUUUCCAACAACCAAUUAAAUGGUAAUCUUCCUUCUGAUAUAGGAAAGUUGAAAGGCCUAAUAUUGUUCAACCUAUCCAUGAAUAAUUUCAAUGGUACAAUUCCAGAUAGUAUUGUACAAAUGAGUUGGCUUGAAUCAUUAGAUCUUUCUACAAAUCAUUUCUCUGGACAAAUUCCAUUGGGACUUGGAUCUUUGAGCUACUUGGGGGCCCUGAAGUUAUCCAACAACAAUCUUUCAGGUAGCAUACCACAAGGAGGACACAUGGCAACAUUUACAAAAUCUUCAUAUGAAGGGAAUCCAAAUUUAUGGGGAUGUCCACUUCCAAAGAAUUGCUUUUGGCCAGAAUUUUCUCCUCCUCACCUUCUAAUUUCUUUAGCUACCAAUGAAGAGGAACAUAUUGAGGUAAGUCUGUUGUAUUGGAUUGGAGUCGGACUGUCAUAUGGUGUGGGUUUUGGAGCUGUGGUGGUGUCUAUUGUAUUUACAAGGAAGUGGGGACAAAAAUACUUUGAUGGGGUUGACAUGGUCUUGAAAUAUUUAUUUCCAUGGAUAAAAAAUUUGACAAUAUGA